AUGAAUGAAGAGCCUGUGUUUCCUAAAAUAUACACCGGAAACAGUAACAGAGACAGUAUUCAGACAGGAGGAGUUCCCAAUACAUGGGAAACAACUUAUCAUUCAUAUAUUAAGCCUCAAGAAGGUCAAAUCGAACCACAAUACGUAGAUACAGUAGCUCUUCAAAAGACGCAUUGGCAAGGCAAUGGAGAAUCAUCAGAUAUGUUAUCAGAAACAAAAGCGAAAUACAUUCAGUAUCCAAUUCAAAAGAAAGAUCAAAUCCAAACUCGUCAAAACCUUAUGUCUACAAAUUACGCAGACGAUAAUAGAUUACCAAUGGAAACUCGUGAAUCAUUGAAUAGAUACAAGGUUGCAUCAUCUCUUGGCGUUUCAAAACCAACAAUUUCUCAUCAACAGUUAGCAGCUUCUCACAUUGAUCUCAAGCAAGCAGGAAACGAUGAUUGGACUACAACAACAGGCUCUGCAUAUCAGUAUCAUCAGCCUGACCCUGCAAAACCAGCUUUGGCAGAUUUAAGGUCAGGAAACGGUGCUCGCGAAGCAAUGGACAACCAAGGAGCCUUCCAAGUCUAUGUUUCCGAAGCUCAUGACAAUUAUAGGAAAUUCAAUAUCCCUCCUUCCCAAAAUAACAAUCAAGAUUUGAGAAAAACUUCAAUACGCGUUGGUGGAGAGAAAGUAACAUACGAAACUACCAAUAAGCAUGAUUUCAAGAAGAUUUCUAUCGAUCCAUCCGAAUUAGAAAGCCAGAAAAUCUCAACCGCGCAAUUACAACGUUCUCAGUUCGAAGUUGGCAACAGAUCUUACCCAACAGAGAAGUCCUCGUAUCAGGAAACAUUCAAGCAGUAUCCGGACGCACAGCCACCGAAGCCUGUUGAAAAAUCUGCUUUUGUUUCUCAUCAUGAUUACAGGAAUUGCAACGAAACGUUCAAGAGUUCAUCCCAAGAUGCAUAUGUUCCUCUAAAUGGAAAGCCAUCACGUCCAUUUAACAUGAAUUUGAACCAAUCCCAUGUAAAACUUGGAGAAAAUUCUGUUCAUGAGACAACAUCAUUAUAUAAUGAAACAUUUAAGCCACAAUCGAGCACUAUACAAAACACACAUGUCGAUCCUGCAGAAGCUCGUGCUUUUCAUACUAGACAUCAUGCAAAUGUAACAACAAUUGUUGGAAUUGAGACAAAUAAGACGAUAAACCAAACAUCAUAUGUUCCUCAUCCUGAAUCGAGACCAAGAGAGCCAAUUAGAAACGAUUUCAACAGUAAUCCGAUUUGUAUGGCUAACCAAAGUACAAUUCAGAUGCAAUCUACUAUGAAAUCGGACUUUAAAGCUCCACAACCAACUGCUCCAAACCAAGCUGUGAACAACAGACUUCAAAACAGUCAUUUGCAUCUUGGAGGAAUGAAUACUGAGUGGAAGACCACACAGAGUGAUUAUUUCCAGUACAAGACAUUCAGAAAAGGCGAUUAA